AUGGUAGUUAUCUUCAAUUAUCUCUAUUAUCCAGGCCUAGCAUUAAAGGAUAGCAACCUUCCUGUACCAAUUGAUGCGCCACUUUCUCCUGCGUGCCGAUUUUUGAUUGGUCCCGACGACGGCAUUACUCCAACUCAUUUUCAGAGCACUGCAUCAUAUGCAGAUUCACAUGAGCUACCUGGCUCAGUUGCCGACAGCAGUCAUCAAAAUGGACCACGUAGUGACAGUAACAGUAACUGGAUAGCACCAGGAACCGUUUCUGGGGAGUUUCUUUCACCUGCGCAUCCCGGCAUUCACCCACCCGGUCUAGUGUGCGCUUACCGAUUUAUUGGUUAUGCUAGUCAGCGUAUAUCUAUUGAUAUUAUUGAAUUUGGAAUGCAACAAAAGCUAGGAUCGUAA